UUGUGAGAAAAGCAGGUUUGGCUUCCUGUGUGACGCAUUUAUAUGCUGAGAGGAAUGUGAAACUGUUCAGGCAUUCCCUGUUGUUGAGAGGUGAAAUGGCGCAGCAAGGAAAAAAAGCUGACGAGGUGAAAUUCUGCUGUUCGAUCUGUCUGGAUCUGCUGAAGGAUCCGGUGACUAUUUCUUGUGGACACAACUACUGUAUGAGCUGUAUUAAAGCCCACUGGGAUGAAGAAGAUGACAAGAAUAUCUACACCUGUCCUCAGUGCAGACAGACUUUCUACCCGAGGCCUGUCCUCGUGAAAAACACCAUGUUGGCAGAGUUAAUUGAGGAACGGAGGAAGACAGAAGCUGCUCCAGCUGAUCACUGCUAUGCCAGACCUGGAGAUGUGGCCUGUGAUUUCUGCACUGGGAGGAAGCUGAAAGCCUUCAAGUCCUGUCUGGUGUGUCUGGCCUCUUACUGUGAGCAACACCUUCAGCCUCACUAUGAAUCUCCUACUUUUAAAAAACACAAACUCACUGAAGCCUCCCUGAAGCUUCAGGAGAACAUCUGCUCCCGUCAUGAUGAGGUGAUGAAGAUUUUCUGCCGCACUGAUCAGCAGUGUAUCUGUUAUCUCUGCUCAAUGGAUGAACAUAAAGGCCACAACACAGUGUCAGCUGCAGCAGAACGGACUGAGAGGCAAAAGGAGCUUGGUGAAAGUCGGCAAAAAAUCCAGCAGAGAAUCCAGGACCGAGAGAAAGAUGUGAAGGUGCUUCAGCAGGAGAUGAAGGAUAUCGAUUCCUCUGCUGAUAAAGCAGCGGAGGACAGUGAGAAGAUUUUUACUGAGUUGAUCCGUCUCCUUGAGAAAAGACGCUCUGAUGUGAAGCAGAAGAUCAGAUCCAGACAGAAAACUGAAGAGCUUCAGGAGAAGCUGGAUCAGGAGAUCACAGAGCUAAGGAGGAAGGACGCUGAGCUGGAUCAGCUCUCACACACGGAGGACCACAUCCAGUUUCUUCACAGUUACCCCUCACUGUCCAAACUAACGGAGUCCACAGAGUCACCAAGACCAAACAUCUACUGUCUGCAGGACUUUGAGGAUGUGGUGGCAGCUGUGACAGCAGCUAGAGACAAAAUGCAGACCAUCCUUACUGAGAAACUGCCUUUAGCAGAGCCCACGACCAGAGCUGGGCUCUUACAAUAUUCUCGUGAAAUCACGCUGGAUCCAAACACAGCAAACAACUUCAUGGUUUUAUCAGAGGGGAACAGAAAAAUAACAUUUAAUACAAAAAAUCCACCAUAUUCUCAGCAUCCAGACAGAUUCAUUCACAUACCUCAGGUCUUGAGUAAAGAUGGACUGACUGGACGUUGUUACUGGGAGGUGGAGAUGAGCAGGAAAGCUGGAGUAGCAGUCGCCUACAAGAGUAUUGGCAGAUCAGGGGAUUUUAAUGUACAUGUAUUUGGAUACAAUGAGAAGUCUUGGGCACUAUAUUGUGACAAUAGUUAUACCUUCAGACAUGACAGCCACUCAAUCAGCAUCUCAGGACCUAAAUCCUCCAGAAUAGGAGUGUACCUGGAUCACAGUGCAGGUAUUCUGUCUUUCUACAGCGUCUCUCAAACAAUGACUCUCCUCCACAGAGUCCAGACCACAUUCACUGAGCCGCUCUAUGCUGGACUUUUUCUUGGUGGUUCUAAUGGAGACACUGCUGAGUUCUGUAAACUCAAGUAGUCAUUGAAGAGGCAGAGGACAGGGUAAUAUCCAAGAAACAUAUUAACUUAUGGAGGACAUGAAUGCAGGUGCAGUUAUGUAUGCUUUACAGGGACAAAGUGAUUUGACACAGGGUGGCUGGUGUUGUUGAUUUUGUGUGUGAUUUUAUCAAAUGCAGAAAGUGUGUACCUGUAUGAUUGUUUCAAAUCAUGCCUCAUGUACAACAGGAAGUCAGGAGUCUAAAGUACAGUAUGUUCACUCAGCAGCUCAGUGCUGGACUCUGGCUUCGGGGUGUCAAUGGAGACACUGCUGAGCUGUGUGAGCUCAUGUAGAUAGACUUAUUAAACAGACAGUGUAAUAUUGUGUUUGAAUUUAUCUUUCAAUUUCUUUUGAUUAUUUUUCUGUAUCUUUUUAGUCAGUCUUGAUCCUGCUUAUUAUUAUUACCAUAAUUAAUAUUUUGUGUUUACUAAUUUUAGUCUUUUAAAAAAUUGUACUUACUUUUAUUGGUAUGGGUUUUUUUUAAUAAUUCCUCUCUAUGUCCUAUUAUCAUCUUUCUUCUUCCUGAUAUGUUCUCUUAAUCCUUGUUUAAUUCUACCUUAAUUUUAUGUCUGGCCUUAGUUCAGCAUUACUGUUUGGCUCCUAUUGUUAUAUUGCCUCUGAUGUUUUUGCUUCUGCUUUGCUUUGUUUUGUCAAAGCACUUUGUAAACUCUGUUUUUAACAGUGCCAUAUAAAUAAAGUUCAUAUUAUUAUUACUAUUCUAAAAAGAUAUAAACAAUAAUUUGAGGGACUGUAAAAUGUGUUUAUCAUUUGGUGUUGAUUUGUAUUUUUAUUUGCUGUGUGUGAGAGAUAAGAUAACUAUAUAUCACCGUCCAGUCCUCUGAAUGCAGUGCAAAUGUUUUGUUGUUGUGUCUCUGAAUCAGUAAAUCCCUAAGUAACAGGAGCAUUCACUUUGUUAAUGCAUACAUUUACAGCAACUAAAGGGUGUUUUCUAAAAAUGAAAUUUUUGGUGAGAGAACUCCACCUUUGCAGAAAUAUG